AUGUAGCUUAAAUUAUAUUAAAUUAUAUUAGAUAGAGACCCAUCGAGAGUUUCAUACCUUUUCCCACGUGACCUGGAAGUUAAUCUGGAGUUUUCCUAGUUCGUUGCCAUGUCAUUUUGCAGUAUUGGAGAAAAUUGUUUCAUGUGAAACUUAAUAUAAAGAAGAAUUGCUGGGUUGAUGUUACAGACUGAUAUUCUGUUGAUUGUGUUCCUUUCUGUUUGUGUUCAACCGUUGGUAUAUACACAGUAAUGGCGACUAGUCAACCCUUUAGAAAUAAAGAGACUGCCGCUGCAUUUUGCGAUGCCAACAAGGCUUUCAUGAUGAGUCUUUUGAAAGAGUUGCCACAGGCAUCGAACGUUUUUUAUUCGCCUUUUAGCAUUUCCACUGCUUUGGCCAUGGUUCACUUAGGAGCGAGAACAGAUACCCUAAAAGAAAUGGAUCAAGUUCUUCAUUUUGACAAAAUGGGAAAAGAAACCCACUCAGCUUUUGGGGGUUAUCUGGAGUAUUUGUCCAAGGAAACCGGAGACAUUACCCUCAAAACAGCAAACAAGAUAUACCAAAGCAUGAGGUUUAAGCCUGAAGAAACAUUCAUAAAAGAAUGUAAAAAGCAUUUCAAGACAACAGCAGAAUCAAUGGACUUCUCUCAAUCAGCAGAAGCGAGUUCUAAAAUAAAUUUUUGGGUUAGUCAACAAACAAAAAACAAAAUCCAGAAUCUAGUUCCAGCAGACGCACUAGAUGCCUUAACAUUUAUGGUUCUCAUCAACGCUAUCUACUUCAAAGGGAAUUGGAAAAGUAAAUUUCAAUCAAAGAACACUCGGAAAAUGGAAUUCCGUAACGAAAAGGGUAACUUUAUGACUGACAUGAUGUACCAGAAGGCGUCUUUUAGAUUCUGCCAUUUACCCGAUAUGCAAAUAAACGCCCUUGACAUUCCAUACGAAGGUGACAAACUAAGCAUGCUCGUUCUUCUACCAAUGGCCGUGGAUGGUUUAAAUGAUCUGGAAGAGAAGCUAUCAGAACGUUUCCUUAAUGGCGUCAUCAGCCAUCUUAGAAAGCAAAAGGUCGAGGUGCAUCUUCCAAAGUUUAAACUGGAAAGCAUGUUUGAAUUGGGGCCCCACUUAUCAGCUUUGGGAAUGUCGUCUGCUUUUGACGAGAAUAAAGCGGACUUUUCCGGAAUAGACAAUAGCAAAAAUGUAUACAUCAACGAGGUGUUCCAUAAAGCGUUCGUGGAAGUGAACGAGGAAGGGUCGGAGGCCGUCGCUGCCACGGCAGAUAAGAUAAGAAGGAAGCGCUGUGUACAGAUAACACAAGAGUUUAGAGCCAACCAUCCUUUCCUUUUCUUUAUUCGGGACUCAGUUAAUGACGUCAUUCUUUUUUCCGGCAGAUUCUACCAACCAGUGUAAGGACGUACCUUAUAUAUGGCUAUGGUGAAGUUAGACUUUGCUAUCAGAUCAGGAGGGUUUUUUAUGGUGAUUGACAAAGUACAUGUAUAGUAGGAGAUGUUUCACAAAUAUUCUCAACAUAUUAUCUUUAUAUUAUUUUAUUUAUAUUAUAUAAUUCCUAUUAUCUUAAUAGGAAUUUAUUUGGCACUGUUUUUUUUAUUAUUACAUAUUAAAUUAUUUCACUGAU